AUGGGAUCUGAUGAUCAGGUUUUGAAAGCCUUGUACAAAGUGGCCGUUCAAAAGCCCUUCAAAUAGGUGGUUCAAGAUUUUGGUCGCCCAACUCUUGCACAAGUGCAUUUUAGAAAGUUAAUUAUAUAAAUGGACCCGACAAUUACGAUUACAGAUUGCGACAGAUUUUAUUAAAAGGCUCUGAUUGAUCACAGCAGUUUGGUAGGAUUGACAGUUGAAAUUCUAGAAAAAAUUACAGAGAAUCAAGAGAAGGUCGAACUUGUAUUAUCUAAAUAAGAUUUGUAAACAAUCACUGUGAUAAUCCAAAAUUAUCGUGCUAAAAGACUUGACAUAGAAAGAGUAUUCAAAUUUUUUGAUAAAAACAGAGAUUUGGCCUUAGAAGAAAGAGAAACCAAAGAGCUCAUUGAAUUUUUUCACAAUUCAAUUACUCCCUCAGAAUAUCAAUCAAUUAGAAAUAAGAUUGGAAAUUUGAAAUUUUCUUGUGAUCAUUUAAGAUAAUUGUUUCAAUAAUGGGAAUAGAUUGUGGAUAAUCAAUACAAAAAUCCACAAUAAGAAUAAGUUAAAUAUACUAUAAGAUCUUAAUUGGAAGAGAAAAAAAAAGAAGAUGAAGUUGUUCCUGUCCCUGUACCAGUUGAAGAUGUUGAACAAUAGGAAGUAAAAGAUGAUCAAGUUGAUUUUGCUGAUUUCAUUAAUAUUGACUUACAUACCACAGGAGCCAAAGAGUUAGUAUAGAUUAGAGAGGAAUUAAAAAAAACAAAAUAGGAAUUUGUUGAUAAAGACUUUCCAGCAUCGGUAAGAAGUUUAGGAAUGAAAUUUUGCUAAUUGUCAUGGAAAAGAAUGAGUGACAUAUUUUAGAAUAACCUAAAGAUGUUUAAUGUAGAUGAUUCAUAAGACAGUAGAGUUGGAUUGGGAAAGUGGAUCUCUCAUAGAGAUAUUAAAUAAGGAAUUCUAGGAGAUUGUUACUUUUUAUCAUCAAUUAGUACAAUAGCAUGCAGAUGGUAUUCAUAUUGUUAUUAUUAAUAGGCCUGAAGUGAUAAAGGACCUAUUCAUAAGUCAAAGAGCAAAUAAGGAGAAAUUAUAUGCAGUAAGAUUGUGUUUAGAUGGUGAAUGGAAAGUCGUUGUAUUGGAUGACUUUAUUCCUGUUAAUGGCUAGGGAAAUCCAGCAUUUUCUAAAAAUGCAGGUGCGGAAAUGUGGGUUGCAUUGUUAGAAAAAGCAUGGGCUAAGAUGAAUAUAGAUUACACAGAUAUAGAGGGUGGCGAUCCAAGAGAAGUUAUUAAGAGUAUCACUGGUGGACCCACUUGGGUUGUAUUUACUAAUGCUGCUGAUUUCAAAUAACAAUUACAAAAAUGUUCAGAUAUGAAGUGUGUUAUGACUAGUGGUANUUGAAAGCCUUGUACAAAGUGGCCGUUCAAAAGCCCUUCAAAUAGGUGGUUCAAGAUUUUGGUCGCCCAACUCUUGCACAAGUGCAUUUUAGAAAGUUAAUUAUAUAAAUGGACCCGACAAUUACGAUUACAGAUUGCGACAGAUUUUAUUAAAAGGCUCUGAUUGAUCACAGCAGUUUGGUAGGAUUGACAGUUGAAAUUCUAGAAAAAAUUACAGAGAAUCAAGAGAAGGUCGAACUUGUAUUAUCUAAAUAAGAUUUGUAAACAAUCACUGUGAUAAUCCAAAAUUAUCGUGCUAAAAGACUUGACAUAGAAAGAGUAUUCAAAUUUUUUGAUAAAAACAGAGAUUUGGCCUUAGAAGAAAGAGAAACCAAAGAGCUCAUUGAAUUUUUUCACAAUUCAAUUACUCCCUCAGAAUAUCAAUCAAUUAGAAAUAAGAUUGGAAAUUUGAAAUUUUCUUGUGAUCAUUUAAGAUAAUUGUUUCAAUAAUGGGAAUAGAUUGUGGAUAAUCAAUACAAAAAUCCACAAUAAGAAUAAGUUAAAUAUACUAUAAGAUCUUAAUUGGAAGAGAAAAAAAAAGAAGAUGAAGUUGUUCCUGUCCCUGUACCAGUUGAAGAUGUUGAACAAUAGGAAGUAAAAGAUGAUCAAGUUGAUUUUGCUGAUUUCAUUAAUAUUGACUUACAUACCACAGGAGCCAAAGAGUUAGUAUAGAUUAGAGAGGAAUUAAAAAAAACAAAAUAGGAAUUUGUUGAUAAAGACUUUCCAGCAUCGGUAAGAAGUUUAGGAAUGAAAUUUUGCUAAUUGUCAUGGAAAAGAAUGAGUGACAUAUUUUAGAAUAACCUAAAGAUGUUUAAUGUAGAUGAUUCAUAAGACAGUAGAGUUGGAUUGGGAAAGUGGAUCUCUCAUAGAGAUAUUAAAUAAGGAAUUCUAGGAGAUUGUUACUUUUUAUCAUCAAUUAGUACAAUAGCAUGCAGAUGGUAUUCAUAUUGUUAUUAUUAAUAGGCCUGAAGUGAUAAAGGACCUAUUCAUAAGUCAAAGAGCAAAUAAGGAGAAAUUAUAUGCAGUAAGAUUGUGUUUAGAUGGUGAAUGGAAAGUCGUUGUAUUGGAUGACUUUAUUCCUGUUAAUGGCUAGGGAAAUCCAGCAUUUUCUAAAAAUGCAGGUGCGGAAAUGUGGGUUGCAUUGUUAGAAAAAGCAUGGGCUAAGAUGAAUAUAGAUUACACAGAUAUAGAGGGUGGCGAUCCAAGAGAAGUUAUUAAGAGUAUCACUGGUGGACCCACUUGGGUUGUAUUUACUAAUGCUGCUGAUUUCAAAUAACAAUUACAAAAAUGUUCAGAUAUGAAGUGUGUUAUGACUAGUGGUACUUUUGGAUCAAAUCCAAAUUAUACCAAUUAUGGUUUGGAGGCUGGACAUGCAUAUUCAUUAUUGAAGGUCUAUAAUGUGACUCAUCCCACCAAAGGAGAAGUCACUCUAUUAAAAAUUAGGAAUCCUUGGGGAAAUAAGGAAUGGAAUGGAGAUUGGAGCGAUGGAAGUUCGUUAUGGACAGAGAGUUUGAAAGAAUAAGUCAAAUUUGGAAAGAAGGAGGAUGAUGGCAUCUUCUUUAUGGAAAUCAAGGAUUUCUAAAGAUACUUCUAAGCAAUUUUUGUUGGCUAUUUUAGAAAGGAAUAUUUAUACAACUCUAUUAAAUAAAUGGCCAAAAAGACUAAAACUAUUCAAUAUGAUAUUGAGAUUCCAAAUGAUGGCGAAUACUAUUUCACAGUUCAUCAAGAGGCAUUGAGAAGAUACAAAUUGAACAAAGAUAUUAAAUAUGAAUAUUCUUAUGUUAGAAUCUUAUUGGCUAAAAAUGCUGGUAAAGGAGAAUAUUAAUUCAUUGAUUAAAAAUAAUAAAAGGACAUUGAAGUUCAUUUAGGAGGCCAAUUGACUAAGGGUAAGUAUUCAGUUUAAAUUAAAAUUAAAUGGGCUGUUCCAACUUGGAAUGAACAUGAAUAUUAAUUCAGUGUCUAUGGGUCUGAAUUCUUGAGACCAAAGUAAGUGCCUAGAGAUGCUGACUUAAGAAAAGCAGUUAUGUUAUAAGUAGCCAGAGAAAACAAGAAUUUAUAACAAUUAACCACUGGACUAUUUUGUGCCAUGGAAACAGUUGUUUCUAAAGGGUAUCACAUUGUUUGUAUUAAUUUAAUAGAUUGGGCUAUUUUUAUUAUAAGAACACUUCACAAAAGACUUUCAAAUUAAAGAACACUUUAUCAAAUAAGUAAGGUGUUAAGUUCUUAAAACCUGAAAUUGGAGAUAACUAUGUAAUAGAAUUGGCUCCAGGAGAAGACAAAAUUGUACUCUGCAGUCUAGAUCCAAGUGGUGUUGCUUUCACUCCAAAGCAUCAAUUGGUCUAAUGAAAUCAUCACA